AUGGCUGCCUGUUUAGACCGAAUCUACAACCAUUUUAAAGGCACCCACCCGGCCAUUCACCUCUUAUGCUGUUUCCUGGGCAUCGCCUCGUGGGUUGAUCUCAGCGGGGUGUUGUUGGAACAGCCCAUCCUUAUCACAACCCUCCCGGAACAGCUGACGCUCUCGAGUAUCCUUAACGUCACUGUCCAGAUGGCCAACGUCGGUCCGCUCAUCUUCGCCAUUCUGGUGUGCGUCUUUCCAAAGCGAAGGGUUGAGAUUCCCACCACCUUCGUCAUCAUCGCCGUUGGCAUCAUCUCCUGCGUGUUGUUAUCCUUCUUCUGGGACGUGACCACCUACGUGGGCGGCGUUCUGCACUCCACCGCCCUGCUCGUCCUCUGCUUCACGCUGGCGUUCGUCGACGCCACAUCCACGCUCGCGUUUCUGGCCUUCAUGGCGAUGCUGCAGCCAGUGUACCUCCCAGCGUAUCUCGUCGGAGAAGGACUCAGCACGUUUCUGCCGACUCUCGUCGCUCUGGGACAAGGCUCAGGUAAAGUCCAAUGCGUGAAUAAGACCUUCCAGGUAUCCAAGGAUCUGGGUGGAAUAGUGUUUAACUUCACCAUCAAUCGAGAGAUUCCCAUUUUCGACCCUCCUGCAAUAUCGGUUCAAGUGUUUUUCCUCAUACUGGCGGCGUUCCUCUGCCUCUCUCUCACAGCUUUUUUCUGCCUUAUCUGUUUCCCGCGAUGCGGGGUAUACAAAUGCGCCUACACUAAAUCGGCACAGGACGAUGAUGAUGUUGAUGAUGACGUUGAUGGUGACGCCAGACCGUCAGGACAGAAGGCACUGGAGCUCGACGACAUUCGAAUGCAGAACACGACAAACAUACGUCACCUCAGAACCAAAACCAAGACAGUGGAAGAGGCUCCUGAAAAGGACGAAAAGAUGGCGGACGUCUCGUUCUGUCAGUGCGCCCUCCUGCUGAUACAGGCCUUCUGGCUGAUGUGUCUGCUGGGUAUAUACGUCUCAAUGUCACCCUACUUCUCCCUGCCGUACGGACUCAAGUUCUACCACCUCGCCAACACCCUAUCCACGAUGUCCCUGGCCGCUGGUUCGCUCGCCUACUUCAUCUUCCCGCACAGGUCGACCGUGGUCGUGUAUGUGCUCACUGUCCUACAUACGGGUCUCACGAGCUACUUCCUGUACAUGGCCUCUACCAGUCCGGUUCCCCCGCUGUUGCACCAUGACGCCGGACGACCGUUACUGUUUAACCACCAUUUGUCAUAUACCUUUAAAUUAUUACUUUUACGUUUUUUUUUGUUUGUUUUUUACAUUUGUUUUGCACAGAUCACGCUGUCCAUUCUGAUCGUGUUCAUGUGGACCUACAGCCGAUCGACAAUCAUCGGCAUUAUCCGCCCUCUAGGUCGACGCAUGAUGAUACUGGUGGGCGUGUCUAUCCAGUUCGGCAGUCUGGUGGGCGGAGUCACGGGCUACGUGUUGGUGAAAGUGUAUGAAGUGUUCCAAGAAGCCGAGCCCUGUUCUGCGCUAUAAUAGUCAGAUUUUACCGACAUCAAUGACUGUGUUUAAAGCCACUGACGCCAUUUUUUUUUUUAUUUUUUUUAUCAUGGUAAGAUGUUUUCACACCCUGACUGUCGAUGUUUUCUUACAGCAUUGUUUCCCCAUAGGCGUACGGGCUGCCAUUUU